CAACCGCUUGGUGCGGCAACUCGACUCAGUUGGCAUCGGUGACGCUUCCCAGUUAGUUGGUUGCCGCAAGGUAGGCCGGAGGGCCCAACAUUUUGCUGUGGAAACUGCAAGUCUGCGCUGCCUUCAACCCGACCAGUUCAACCUACGAACAAAAGCUGUGAAAAAUGGCUGACACUGGAAGCAUUCUUGCUGUAGGAGGUGCCAUCAUUGGAGCAGCGGGUGCCCUCGUUGCUGCACCUGUUGCAUUGGGUGCCAUCGGCUUUGGUGCCGCCGGUGUUACUGCCGGCUCAAUGGCUGCUGCUGCACAGGCCACCAUGGGUGGCUUCGUUGCAAAGGGCAGCCUGUUUGCUCUUUGCCAAAGCUGGGGUGCUGCAGGCAUUCCCGUCGUUGCAAAGGGAGUCUUGGCCACAGCCGGUGCUGUUCUUGGCUACAACGUUGGAGACUGAACUGCCUUUGCUAGCAGACACCAUGACAUGCACAAGUGUUUGUCUAAGGUGCAAUAAUAAAACCAGAAAAUUCAACCCUUGC